AGGAGCCACGUGGCUCGAGCCAUUCCGUCCACAGGGCCGCGGCACGCUCUUCGCGCGACGCGCGCCCGAUGACGCACGGGCGCUCCCGGACGGCCACGGACCGCCCGCGCGCCCGCGAGGGGCGCGGCGAGGAGGCGUCACUCCUCCUCGCGGCGCCCUCUGAGGGCGCACCCGGCAGGCCGUGGCGGCGGCGGCCUCUCCCGGCGGGCGCCCUCGUCGCGGCGGCAGUGGCGGCGGGGCUCCUGGUCACCAGUUCCGUCGGCUCGCUCUGGCGACGGCCCGUCUCUCCACACUCUGGCCUGGCGCGGCCCAUCGAGGGGGCCGCGCUGGACCAGGACGAGGUGGAGAAGCCGCCCGAGGUGAAGAGGCUCCGCGAUGAGCCUGCUGUGGCCCAGGAGGGGCCACGCUUCUCGACCGUCCCCGACGGUACGAACUUCGGCGGAUGGCUGCUCCUCGAAGAGUGGAUGUCGUCUGGCGGGAAGUGUUUGCCGCCGUUGCUCCCCAGCAAGGAUAUCCCGGCCUUGACCUGGGCGUCCGAAGGGGAUUUGGGGUUCAAGCUGAACGAAUCCGUCGGGCCCACAGAGGCCAUCAAGGUUUUCGCACGGCACAGAGAGACCUUCAUCAGUAAUCAAGACCUGGAAAUGGUAAAAGCAUUGGGCAUCAAGUAUGUGCGUGUGCCGCUAGGGUGGCAUACAUUCCCAGAAGCGUUGGCGAUCGUGGAUGUCAACAUCUAUGCAAAACACGACUUAGAGGAGGAGUCGGUGGUGAUACCUGACCCAUAUUGGCAUUCGAACAUAUCAUACGCGACUGUGCCCCGUAAGUUGUUGAGGCAGUUCUUGAAGCAUGCGAAACAGUUGGAUCUCGGUGUCAUGCUGGACUUGCAUGCCAUGCCUGGUGGUUCCUCUGCGGCAUCCUACAAUGGUGUAGCACCCAACCCCCCAAUGUUUUGGCUGAAGAAUAGCAGAAUCGGGAACACCAGCAUCAGUCUCCAGCGAUGUGGACAGUAUGUAGUCCAGGCGGUCGUUGACUUCGUCCAGAGCCUCGACACGGAACACUCGUCGGUAAUUGGUGUAACCCUUAUGAAUGAGCCUGCACUUGUGGCUUGGCCGUACUACAGUCAUGUUGACGACGUACUGAGUUGGCUUGCUGCAGGUGCUCGUACAUUCCGUGAUUCAACGUUGCCAAGCAAUGGUGUCCGCUUGUAUGUGAAUCUCCAAAAGCAGAUGCUCGCAUUGGAAGAAAGAGAGUCGUUCUGGGAUACUGUUGUGCCAUGGUUCAAGCGCACUUUCAACGACGACGAACGAAACUCGUGGGCAUACUUCGACAUGCACUACUACAUCGCGUGGAAUCGCACUUGUGGUGGCUGUACGAACUGGACUCAACAAGCAUCUUGCCCAGGCACUUGGCCGGCUUGGGGACUUGAUCCACCAGGUGGUUUCGCUUGUUCCAGUAAGCCCAGCGACAUUAGUGAAAUCGCGCGUUCUUGUGUCACCGAUUUCAUAUCGGAAAUAUCCCAUUAUAUCAAUACCAAGAAGGCGGUCUCGGAGCUUUCGGUGGGCACGUGGACAGAACCGACCGUUGCAUGUAAAGAACGCAGCGUAGUGGAGGCAGUUUUAAAUGAUCAGAUCACUUCAUUCGGAAAUGCUGGCAUUGAGCACUACUUCUGGUCGUGGCGGACGCCCUUCUCGCCGGAGUAUGAGCCAGGGUGGAGCUUGAGAUGGCUGUCACGGCGCGAAGACAAGAGUACCCAGCAAUGCAAGUGAGACCGCUUGAUUGCAGCUCUCCGUUUUCGAUACCUGUUUCACAAAACCGUGCACGCAUGCACUCGUCACGCCGCAGGACACAACCCAGCUUCUCAUGUGUGCUUCCCGCGUCUGUUGUACGCCCCAAGGCCCCAGCACCAGCAGUCCGAAGGACAAGGUAUGUGUGCUUCGAGGCGACACGCGCUGCCAUGGAGAGGGCCACUGGAGAGGAACGCACUCAGUCAGAAAGCAGCUUAUGGGGUAAUUCGUCACCUUUCACGCUCGAUCUCUCUCAGGCCACGGUUCACCUCAUGAGUUUGCUUACUGCAGGUCGGCUUGUGGGUUGCGCCCGCUUUGCCUGGCGUUUCUUUGAAGGUCUCAGGCGUCCAGGCUGCACAGGGACGCGCAAUUAGAGACGCAGUCAUGUGGGCGCGGUUUCGCUUGAGACGGGGAGGCCCCCUGGACCUCAAGCCGAGCCCUUUUUUGUAGACCUUCGCAAUUCAGCUGGAAACAGCCAGAGCUCUGAAAUCAUGUUCAAUUUUGAGAAGUAGGGUGGUUCAGAUCACAUGUUAGGCCUUCGCGGUGAACAAAGGAGCGCGCUCUCAGGGACACCCCUCGGCGCUCGCACCCGCGUGCCGGGACAGGGUUCGAGCACCCGUUGAGUCUUUCCAGGUCCCUCAGAUCACCCUGGAUAAUAUUGAGAAGGGCAGACACGAAUAGACUGUUGGUGCAUCUGUGCGCUAUUCUGGAUAUGGUAGGGAGUGCCUUCAUAGAUUGCUUGUCAAGGCUCCCGGCGCAGGAUGUCUCCAGAUUCGUUGACAAAAUGUUUCGCGAGGGGCACCUCUGAUCUUAA